GUAAGGGUAUAAAUGAAACUUUCGUUCUAUAUGUCGGCUUAUAGGUUCCAUUUGCCUUGUAAAAGAACAAUUGUGAUCGGAUUACGGGAAGGGUUUCAGUCGAUCAGAACACAAAAACCUCGAAAUUUAUCAUGAAUUCCAACACCCAGAACUUAGAAAUCUUCAUACAAGCCCCAGAUCUUCAAAUCCCAACUCGUGCCCUAACCCUAACCCCUAAUCUCACAAUCCGCAACCUCAAACUAUCUUUCCUUUCCCAAAUUAGCUCAAUCCAUCAAACCCUUGUAUCCUCCAGUUUCUUAACCGUGAACGGCCGCCUUCUCUCAGAUUCCGACACCGUUGAAAACUCCGGAGUCACAAGUUUAUCGACGCUCAGCCUUCGAUUUCGUCUCUCUGGCGGCGGAGGUGAUGGCGGUGCUACGGGGGCGGAGUCCCGCGACUGUUAUCUCAACAUGUAUGCCGAAAAGAAGCCUGAUAAAUGUGAUCCGAAUGAACAGAGGCUAUCAAAAUGGUUGAAUUGUGCGUUAUCAAACGAGCCCUUGAAGCAUCCUAUUGUAGUUGAUUAUCUAGGAAAUCUGUUCAAUAAACAACCUUUAGUCGAGGCAUUGCUGAUGAAGAAAUUGCCAAAAGCCUUCUCUCAUAUAAAGGGUUUGAAGGACAUGAUAGCAGUCGAGCUUGCAGCUAUACCUGGAUCAGAUUCUCCUAGCAGCGGUGAUGUGAAAUUUCAAUGUCCAAUCACAGGGAUGGAGUUCAACGGUAAGUACAAGUUUUAUGCUUUAAAGAGUUGUGGGCAUGUGUUAAGUUCCAAAGCUUUGAAAGAGGUCAAAUCCUCCACUUGUCAUGUCUGUCAUAAAGAUUUUGCGGAAUCUGACAAGAUUGUGAUCAAUGGGAAUGAAGAAGAGGUGAUUUUGUUGAGAGAGAAGAUGGAGAUUGAGAAGAUGAAGUUAAGAGAGAAGAAAGUGAAGAAAGUGAAGAAUGGAGAGACAGGUAUUUGUGAUGAUGGAGUUAAGUUGAGUGGGACUAAACAUGGGAUUGUUGAUUUGAAGGGUCCUCAGAAGAUUUCAGGUAAGAUUGAAACAAAUGGGAAAGAUGUUAAUGGUUUGAAGGCGAAUGGGAAACGUUUUAAAGCAGGGGAUAGUGCUCCUGCACAUGCGAAUAAGGAAGUUUAUGCAUCGAUUUUUACCUCUUCAAGAAAAUCUGAGUUUAAAGAAACAUAUUCUUGCAGAUCUUUGCCACUUGGUAGGAAUUGAUCCAAUAUCUAUGGUGAUUCUGUGUGAAAAUUGCUAGUGAUUUUGGGUGUUUGAUGUAAGGUUGUACUUUGUUUACAGUGAUAUUAUCGCACAGACAUUAAUCAAGUAGUGUAUUCGUUUUUGAAUUCAUAAAGCCUAGUAGUUAACUAUGCUAAA